AUGGUAGCGGUGUAUGGAACGUUCCUGGGCUCCUCCGCCGCCACUUCCAACGUCGAAUCCCCAUCGUAUUCUUCUUCCUCUUUAACACCGCUGAACCAUCUCCCCGUCGAUUACUUUCGUGGCCCCAUCGUAUUCGUCUUCCUACUCCGCCAGCAGUUGCAGUGGUGUGGGCUACUUCGUCUGACUCCACCAGCAGCAGGGGAAGAUGAGUCGGCGCCGGCGUCAGAUUUGCAAAGAUUGCUGUAUUUAUUCACUUGCUAUUUCUUCGUUGAUGCCUGA